CUAUAGCAAACCUGCAAAAUCCUCAAAGUCCCAACCUCGCCGAUGCUUGAUUCCAUGUCGAUAAACAUUUGACCCUGGCAUCGUGUCAUUCGUCGCCGCCCCGGGACAACGAUCCCCAGAUGCCUAUGCUUGGGUACUUGAAAACAUUUGCACCAUUUAAACUCGACGCCUUGGGCAUCGUCACGCUCCUCGGCGCUGACGAGGUCGACCGUCAUGUCGGCAAACUGGUACGAAGUCGCUGGCUUGAGUGUCUACCUCUUCUUGGAGCGUUUGUGGUUGCGAGUGAUAAAUUCACCGAGAAACAACCCGGAUUCCAACUGUACAACUUCUCAGCCAGUAUUCAAACACCUGAUAUGGCCGGCUGGUUCACCCGCUGGCUCGUCAAACAGAACUUCAAGACUUCUGGUACAUGCGUCGAAUGGGACAUCAACUCGAAGCCGCAUUCAUUCUUCCUCGAUAUGUGGAUAGCGCUUGUCAUCGGAGUUGUUGUACAGGCCGGAUUCAUAGUGAUAACAGUGCUGAUGGGCGAUUGGUGGGGACUUGCCAAUGCCAUGUCCAUGGUAAUAUCUACAAUCGCACGAGUGUAUCUGGUCGGUCGCAACACCGCUUGGCUUGACAGGGCGGUGGUCGAAGACACGAGAAAAGCGAUCGAGAAGGUGGAUCCUAAAGCCUUCAGUGCAAGUCCAACGAACUCCGACAAACUGGUGUUUGGCGAGAAAAGGCUCGCUGAUCUGGACAAGGCUAAGAUUGUUGUCAUUCUACCAGAUGCGAGGGCCGCGGCGCUCUUUGUACCAAAGUGCCUGGUUCUUAACUGUUUCGUCUACAACCCCAAGCCACCAAAAUCAAGCGACGAGACCAAGAGGGUGAGGACUUUGCCGGUUCGCGAGAAGAACGAGGCCACGGAGGAACAAUCUACCCCGAUCGAGCUGGUGUACUACAUAAUCGUCCGUUGGAUUGCAUGGAUCGCAUUCGGAGCGCAUGUCGUCACAAUAGGAAUGUCCGAUCUCUUGAGCCAGCUGAUAACGGUGGUAGUUAUUGUUGUCCCUACUUUUAUGGUCGUUGCCGGCUUCGGCUGUGAGGACAGUCAUGUCGGAACACGGCUUCGUGCGAGGAUUAUCAACAUUCCGCCAGAAGGAGAGCAAAUCAGGCGUGCCGAUAUGUAUGCUUUCCUGAAGUUGACUCCCGAAGAGGAAGGGAGUCUCGAGAAGUGGAAUAUGGCACCUCACAGGGCGAACACGGAGUUCUGGGAGGCAUAUGAGAGGAAGAAGAAAGUGUUUGCCGAAAUGGAUGAUCUGCGCAAGCUCGAUACAUACCAACAACGUGUUGAAGCUAUGAGAGAGACCCAAGCCAGGCUUGCUAUCUCGCCACAGCAGACGCCUGCUGUGACAUCGACCGCCAGACACACUUCUAUUGGAACCGCAUAGGAGCUAGUUUGACCAUUUGACCAUUUGACAGUGA